AUGGAACAGAAGGAGGUCGCAGGACUAGGAGGCAAAGAGAGUCCGAGGUCCUCACUUAGGCCGGUUUACGCGAACACUGCCGAGAAGGAGACCACGAUGAUGAUGAUGAUGAUUAAUCGUGGAGUAGAGAACAUCCCUGCUCCUCUCGAAGGCCGGUUUACGCGUAACCCGAGGCCCAUCACGGGUGACGACUCGGAAAAUGACUCGGAAGAUGACUCGGAAGAUGACUCGGAAAAAGAGUCGCAAGAUGACAACGAGCACUCUGAGGCCGAGCUUCGCGACGAGGAUGCUAUGGGGGGCACUGAGGAUGGCGGUGAUGAUGGUCGCGAUGAUAAUUACAGUGAAGACGACGACGUAGAUUACGACGAAGCUGUAGGCGAUUGCCACAAAGGUGGCGGCGAUGACGAUUAUCACGAAGAUGAGCAGCGAGGAGGCCCCACCGAAGAGGCUCUAGCCGCGGUCCGAGAUGAGGCGUCCUCGUUCAUGGCGUACUUUCCGCCCGAGAUAGAGGACGCCGUGGUCGCGAUGACCAACCUGGAAGCGUCCAGGCGCCGCACCGCCAUCGACGGUUGGAAGCCCAUGGGCCGCGCCGAGUUCCGAGCCUACGUGGGGCUGCUGAUACUCGCCGGCGUGUACAGGUCGCGAGGCGAGGCCUGCGAGAGCCUGUGGGACGCAGAGAGCGGCAGGUCUGUGUUCAGAGCCACGAUGCCGCUCAAGACCUUCCGGGCUUACUCGAGCGCCCUGCGGUUCGACGACCGAGAGACCAGAGAGGCCAGGCGUCGCAACGACCGCGGUCAAUACGACAAGCUGGCCCCGGUCAGAGCGGUGUGGGAUGAGUGGUGCGGGCGCUUGCCUCUCAUGUACCGACCGGGACCCGAGGUCACCGUGGACGAGAGACUGGUGCCGUUUAGAGGUUUGUGUGAUGAUGAUGAUGAUGAUGAUGAUGGGACGUAUGGGAUGGAUAGAAGGUGUCCGUUCAGGCAGUACAUGCCCAGCAAACCGGCCAGGUACGGGAUCAAGAUAUGGGUCGCGUGCGACGCCCAGUCCAGCUACGCGUGGAAAAUGCAGGUGUACGCCGGCAAGCCCGACAAGCUCGGUCCUCCCGAAAAGAACCUGGCCACCCGAGUGGUCAUGGACCUCACCGAGGGACUGGCACCUGGACGCAACGUCACCUGCGACAACUUCUUCACGUCGCGCGAGCUCGCGACGAGGCUUUUUCGCGAAAGAGGCCACACAUUGCUGGGCACCCUCCGAGCCAACAGGCCCGAGAUCCCCAGAGAGCUGCGCUGCGUCAAGGGCAGGGCUGUUGGCUCCACCCAGGCCGCGGUGCUCCGCGGCGGCCCGGACGGCUGGCCACCCAACGCGGUUGUCCUGUCCUACGUGGCGAAAAAGAACAAGAACGUGCUACUCCUCACCACCUCUCCGCGCUACGUCGGGCCCUCCGGGUCACUGCUGGAGCCGAGCAGCAACCCCGACGGCGGCGGGGGCGGCUCUGCGAAACCCUCAAUGGUGCUGCAUUACAAUCGCACCAAGGGAGGCGUCGACAACCUAGACAAGGUUGUGGGGACCUACAGCUGCAGGAGAAAGACUUCUAGGUGGCCCGUGGCCCUUUUCCACAACAUGGUGGACGUGGCGGCCUACAACGCGUUCGUCCUCUGGAGGGAGAUCCACCCGGACUGGAUGUCGGGCAAACUCAACAAACGAAGGCUGUUCCUUGAGCGUCUGGGCAAAGCGCUCGUUCUCCCGACGCUCGAGGCCAGGCGACGACGAGGAACGCGAGGAGGAAGGCGAGAAGGAGAAGGAGAAGGAGAAGCCGUCUCCACUCCUGAUUCCCGCCGCGACGAGCCGCGGGAAACCCCGGUCAAGAGGCAGAGGUGCCGCGUCUGUCCCAGGAGCAAGGACGUCAAGACCAAGAUCGUUUGCUUCGCCUGCCACGUGCAUGUGUGCUCGAGGUGCGCGCUCACGUACUGCCCCAACUGCGCCGCGGCCCGCUGUCCGGUUUCGCGACGAGACCCCUCCGAAGACGACGAGCGCCGGGGCCCACCUGUGUCUGCUUGA